AUGGCCACUUCCAUUACUUGGCGGUUGACGGUGGAAGAAAUCAUCUCGGUGCCCCCACCAACUGGAUCAUCUGGAUGUAAACCAGCUGGUUUUGUGGAAGCUCUCAUCGCCGAUACCAAGGGAGGUUACAGGAGCCGAAAAAAUAGCUUUCCGUCAAAGGAUGAGUUCCCUGAUCCUGAAUGCGACGUGGCACUGGAGGGAAACGGCCCCGUGCAGAUUCUCGACCCUGAAGACAGGAUAUCCAAAUACUGGCAGGAAGAUCCCGAGAAAAGGCAUCUCCAUCUCAUCGUCCAAUUGCCUCAUGACGGAAAGAGGAAGCGUGAGGAUCCGGUCGAUAUUUCAAUGGAGCUGUACGAUAAAUGGAACGUUUCACUCCCAAUCACUCCGAACCUUACCGAUUUGGAAGCACCCCUUGGGCCCGAAGAAAAAAUGAGGCCGUUCGUUUCAGAUCGUAAUAAAACUGACGAACAACUGUUAGGAUCCAACUGCAUACGAGUCAAUCUUUUGGAUAUAAGAGCCCUGUCGGAGGCAUAG